AUGACCGCAUUCACAAAUAUUAUCGACUUAACGCUCGAUGAAGAUGACGAUCACGGGAAGGAGGAAGAGGAAGAAAAGUCGGUUGUCUUGUCUGGGCCGGGACAGGUGCUGCCCACUCCCAAACCCGCUCCUUCGCCCCUAUCAACCAUCGCAUCCGCCGUACGUCCACCAAAUAUCCAAUCGACUCCGAAUGCCUUUCGAACACCACACCAUGGCGAAACCAACGAGCUGCGCCAUCCUACCCUACAACCGUCGCAUCACGUCGUGACGCCAGCAUCGUACGCGUCGGCCUCGCCUUCUACUCCCUCGCAAUCUACUCCCUCGCAAUACAAUGACGAGCGCCCACCGAAGCGCCAGAAGCUCGAGGAUGGCAGUGACCCCCAGCCCACUCCUCCUACCGAGCGCGUUAGAGAUGGCUUAAAGCGAUGUCUCGAGCGUCAGGUCUUCCCGCAUAUCGAUCUUGAAGUCCAGCGGCUCGACAAGAACAUCUACGACAUCAACAAACUCGGCACCAAGGUGGUGGGGCAGAUCGUGGACAAGCAGUUCCAGCAACAUUACCGCGAGGGAAAUGGAGAACUGUCACAGGCAGCGGUGGGUGCCGUGGCUGCCCGGGCCCGUAGGCUCGUGGUUGAGCUUGCAGCCGGCUCUGAAUUCCGUCGUCUUACUACUCCGCGUCCUACGCCGCAGCCGUCCGCCUAUGUCCUUCCUCCGACCGUCCUUCCUUCGAUCGAGAACGUACCACAUGGGGUCGCCCACGUUGCGAACGAGGCUCAGGGUCGAGAUCUGGUCACCACAAUGGAAAGCCCCAAGCUAGCUCGCCAGCUGAAAGCACACACUCCUCCUCUGCUCCUCCCUCGGCCAAAGAAGGAGACUGUCGUGUCACCACAGCGAGUUCGCGCGAGAGCUAAAGCAACCCUGUGGCAGUCAGGCAAGAGCUAUGAAUCGAAGAGAGAGGGUUCUCCAGUAUCAGCCCAAAGCAGGUGGUUCGGCCUGCCUUCCCGGCCAUACCUGAAAGCAGAAAUACGGCAGCAAAUCGCACUAGGCGCCCAGAACAGUCGGUUGUUGGACAUCGACUCAAACGAACUUCCCCAGUCGGAGGUGUUUCAUGUUGAUUUCCACGACUCGGAGGAGGGCUACUUCCAGUAUUUGGCAAGACAACUAUAUGGUAAGACCAUCACAAAGCCUGGUAGGACGGUCCGGCAAGAUCUGCGCCAUCUUAUUAAGAAGAUCCCCGCUAUGCGGGCGCGCAUUGUGGCUCUCCAUGGCGAGGGCUACAAAGGCUACGAUCCUCCUCCUGACUGCUUGAGGAAACGUUCGACAGAAGACAUCGGCAACUUCCUUGAAGACCUCUAUCGCAGAAGGCUUAAUCCGGUACCGAAGUCGUUGUUUCUUGAAGGGUAUGAUACUGUUGCUCGAAGCGACGUCUCUAGAGCGAACAGGGUUCCGGCUUUGCUGUUGACGAGAGAGAUUGCUGGCAACCGCGUCGGCGCUACCAGGAGAUAUCAGAAUUUCACUACGGCGUUCAAAAGCAACAGGGAGGAUUAUCUCGAACCGAAAGUGGAAUGGACGAACUGUGCUGGCGAUAUCAUGACUAUGAGCUGGCUUUCAAACACGCAGUUCAUCUGCGGCGCAACAACACAUUCAGACUCUCAUAACCAGCAAUACAACAAGCCGGGGAACCUACUGCUCGGCUCGGCGACAGCAAACACCUUGCGAGCAUAUCCAGACCACCGCAUUGUUCGCCCCCUAGUAGAGCAUGGAGAUAAUGCCCUGGAAUCGAUGAGGGAGAGUCAAGACCCGUGGCUCUACACGUCUGUGGUUGCUUCGGACUACGAUGCCUCCAACAACUUAGCUUUUACGUCGAGUUUCGACCGCACUGUCAAGAUCUGGAAACCCGAUGGCGACUCUAUGACAGCCGGUGGUACAUGGGUCCACGACGGGCGAGUCAAUUUCGUACUGGCUUCCAAGAAUCAACAUGGCACGAUAGCCACAGCUGCAGACGUACCAACAGAGGCCGUCCGAGUCUAUCACUUGAAUGGGUUGGAGGACGUGUCUGGGAGUCGUUUUGAUUCGUAUUCGUGCACGAGAGUUCACGAUGAAGACUACGUACCUUCUGACAAAUGGGCCUACUACCCGGCCGCCAUACGAUGGGGUGUCGCCCCGGUGGUAAGCCACCUGCUUCUCAUCGGAUACUCACCCCGGAGCCCUACGGGUCAGGACCAUGAAAUUCCAGAGGACAAGAGGGGCACGGGCGAGCUUUGUCUCUGGGACACGGUCACGCGAAGCCAGGUCAAAGUCAACAGUGCCAAAACUCAGAACGUGUUCGAGGUCGUAUGGCAUCCCACACGGCCGAGUUUCGCGGCCGCAACUUCGGCAUCCCAGACCUCGGAGAAGAUUGAACAGCAAAUCCGCACCCAGAUUCGUAUCUUUGAACUGAACGAGACUGGUCAAUACGGUGCUAUCAAGACCCUCGACUGCACUGCUAUUGAUAUCAACGAGCUCACCAUCAGACCCAACAGCCUGCUUUACUCUUACGUGGCUGCUAGUUGCACGGACGGAAAGGUUUACGUUUGGGACUCGGCUGGAAGCGAUCGACCGAUGUGUGUUCUGGAACAUGGUGAACCGGUUGAAGAACUUAUGGGCGAACGAGACAUGGAAGACGUCGGCGUCAAGUUCGCGGCCUGGGGCACCAGUUCGGAUCGGCUCUACACUGGCUCCUCGGACGGAGUUGUCAAAGUAUGGAAUAUUCGCCACGGCCGAGGGGUCCACGUCAAAGACCUCAUUGAAGUAGCGGCGCCGAUCACGGCUGGCGCUUUCUCUCCGGAUUUUACCAGGCUGGCGAUUGGAGAUGGUAGUGGACGAGUCUACUUGAUGGCCCUGGAGGAGACUGAAACCGAAGAGCAGACCAGGUCGACUGCGGUCUCAUCCGGCUUCCUCACCCUACAGGUGAACGGCAGACAGCGAGCAGUUCGACGGCCUCGCCCAUUCAUACCUCAUGCUGAGCUUCCCCAUCCUGACGACCUGACCGACUCGUCAAAGCCUAGAUUGGAGAUCGGGCAAGCACGAGCUAGGGAGUACCUAGACCAUGGUGAGCUUGUCCGUCAUCCGGACGCUACAAUCGGCGUCGUCCGGGGCGCAAACUAUGCAGAGACUGGCUUGUUUCGGGAAGAGGCGCACCUGAACGGAGAUGCGACCGAGCCACUGCUCAGCGGCUUCGAGAACCAGCAGCAAGAGAACCAGAAGUUUUCCCGGACACAGCGGUUCUCCAGGCAGCGCACAGUGGACGAUGAGGCGGUAGGAAAGUUCCAGGGGCUCCAUGCCCAGAACUACGGGCUGAACUUCUCCAAAUAUGACCUCGAUCUGUCGAGUCGGGUGCAGCUGGAGAAGGAAGGGGUUGAGCUCGAACCAUCCCUGGUUGAGCUGGAUUACGAGUCGAGUAUUGAUGAUAGUGAAGACGACGACUAG